CGGCUGGACACCACCGCCUCAACUCUUCAUAAUUGGCCUCCAACCUCGACCAUCACUAUUUCCUAGCUUCUCUGUGGACGUUGUCCCUCUGGCUGUGCUGACAGCCCUCACUCGCGCCUUUCCACCCUCGUUUUAGCUAUGUAGGGCGUCCAAAAACCGCUUGCAGAUAUGGACGUCAACAUUCAGAAGGCGCUGAACGACAAGCUCUAUGACAAACGGAAAACGGGUGCUUUAGAACUUGAAGCCCUCAUUCGAGACUCCCUUGCGGCGAACGACCAUGACCGGAUACAGAAGAUAGUCUUCCAGCUCUGCCACGAAUAUGCCUACGCCGUCCACCAACCACACGCUCGAAAUGGAGGACUUAUCGGACUCGCAGCAGCCUCUAUAGCUUUGGGAGUUGAGGUUGCGCGGUACCUGGAGCAGAUUGUUCCUCCGGUGCUUGCUUGCUUCUCAGACCAAGAUGCUCGCGUUCGAUAUUACGCCUGCGAGAGCAUGUACAAUAUCGCAAAGGUCGCAAAGGGCGAAAUACUGGUCUUCUUCAACCAAGUUUUCGAUGCACUGUGCAAGCUUGCGGCAGACUCCGAAUUGUCGGUAAAGAAUGGUGCCGAAUUGCUAGAUCGACUUAUCAAAGACAUAGUCUCCGAGUCAGCCGCAUCCUACGUCUCCGUACUACGUAUCUCAGAUGAGAUCGAUGAACAUUCUGACGAUGGUGGACACAAAGAACAGUCAAUCGAAGCUCGGACGGCAUUCUCAUUACCCGACUUCAUACCACUCCUUCAGGAGAGGAUCAAUGUUCUUAAUCCAUUUACACGAACUUUUUUGGUCUCUUGGAUAAACUUACUGGACUCCAUACCGGAUCUCGAACUUGUGACCUAUCUCCCAUCUUUCCUCGGCGGCUUAUUCAAAUUUCUCAGUGAUCCUAAUUCAGACGUACACACGGCGACCCAAACAGCGCUCGACAAGUUUCUAUCAGAGAUAAAGAAGAUUGCUCGAAUCAAGCGUGGGAUCGCUGAAAGUCGAAAGAGUGCUGGAGAUGAUGGAAUAAAACACUCGGCUUCCAGCGGUCGGAGUGUGCAAACUAUGAGUAGCGAUGGUAGCAUUCCCCAGGAUCGGCAACGACACGAAGACAGCCUUGACGACGAGAGCAUUAACAGCCAGUCCAUGACCGCGACUGACGAGAAACUAGGCAGUGCAGAGGAUGACUGGAUACCUGGUCAAGAUGUUCAAGUUGACCAUACCAAGAUCAUGGAGAUUUUGGUAACCUUCCUUAGCGAGUCGUCGGGUAUGUGCCGUCCUCUGCUCGAGAAACCGUUGGCUGAUCUUAAGUUAGAAGAAGAGAUCCAGCUCACUACACUUCGGUGGAUUGAUAGCUUUUUCGAAAUCUGCCCAGAGGACAUGAUGCCCUUUGUGCCUCGACUGCUAUCACAUGUGCUUCCCACAAUGUCACACGACAAUGAAAAGGUUCGACAAGCUGCUAAUCGCGUCAAUACUUCGCUCACGGAUUAUAUCUUGUCGCUAUCGGAUGCGAGUCCGAAAUCUGAGGCUCCAUCAUCUGCUACACUUCAAAUCCCGUCCGCACCCGCAAAUGCCGCAAAAGAAAUGACCGGAGAGAACAGGCGCGACUCGAACAUUUCAAGCAAAUUACCAAGGGCCAGUAGCCGGGAUCCUACAGCAGAAACCCGAUCAGCUGACGCGCGCUUGAGUAUCGACACUCGAACGCCGACACCUGCAGAAGAACGAAGUCCACCACCUAGCCAAGGGGCAGACUUGGAUUACCAGGCUGCAGUGAAUGCUCUAACUCUGCAGUUCUUGAACGAGCACGAGGCUACUCGAGUAGCUGCAAUAGCUUGGCUCAUCAUGUUGCAUAGGAAGGCUGGAGGAAGAAUUCUCUCCAUCGAUGAUGGAACCUUCCCAGCACUCCUAAAGACACUAUCAGAUCCUUCUGAAGCGGUUGUCACUCGCGACUUGCUUUUACUUUCGCAAAUAUCCAAGAACAGUGAAGACUCGUACUUCACUUCGUUCAUGGUGAAUCUCCUUCAGCUGUUCUGUACUGAUCGUCGGCUUCUCGAAACCCGUGGCAAUCUUAUUAUCAGGCAACUCUGCGUCACUUUGAGUGCGGAAAGAAUUUACCGAACGAUGGCCGACUGUCUUGAGAAAGAUGAAGACGUCGAGUUUACAAGCAUUAUGGUGCAAAAUCUCAACAACAACCUAAUCACUGCGCCGCAGCUUGCAGACCUCCGGAAACGUUUACGGAACCUGGAAACUCGUGAUGGUCAAACCUUCUUUGUAACCCUUUUCAAGUCUUGGUGCCACAAUGCAGUAGCCACCUUCUCCCUAUGUCUUCUGGCGCAAGCAUAUGAGCAGGCAUACCACCUUCUUCAAAUAUUUGCGGAGCUGGAAAUGACGGUCACUAUGUUGAUACAAAUCGACAAACUCGUGCAGCUCCUCGAGUCCCCAGUCUUUACCUACUUACGCCUUCAACUCCUCGAACCUGACAAGUUCCCACAUUUAUACAAAUGCCUUUAUGGCUUAUUAAUGCUCCUCCCCCAAUCAUCUGCCUUUGCUGCCCUUAAAAACCGCCUCAAUAGCGUCAGCGCUAUAGGCUACCUUCACAUUGCCCCACGCCCGUAUGUCCCCUCUCCCAUUGCGUCAUUCUACCAUUCUCGCCAGAAAAGCUCAGAGACCGUGCCUCAUAGUACUCAGCCGACGUCCAGCACGUCGAGCUUCGAGCGACCAAAUCGGCUCAAGGCAAGGGAAGAAGGCGGCAUCAGGUGGGUUGAGCUGCUGGAUAAGUUCAAAAGCGUCCAGGAGAAAGCAAGGAGGUCACAACGGCUGGCGAGCAUGGGCGAAGAUGCUAUCAUGACGCCGGUUGUGGAGAAAGAGAAGCCGCAGCCGCCGGAGGUGCCGCCAAAACCCUUCGUACAAAGUUCGGCUGCAGGUUCCGCUCGUCCUACGCCUCCGCCACCACUCGGACACCAGAAAGCUAAGUCGAGUUUGAGUAACCUGGGACGGUUUACUGGAGGCGUUACGGGCAGGAAGUCGAAGAAAUGAGCGUGAAUAUCCGCUCCAGUAUUCGAAUCAAGUGUUCACGAUGUACAAAACCUCUUUGCGUUCUGUCUAGUGUUCUUUGAUUGGCAAUUAAUACAUAUCUAAUGUGCUUUUGGAGUUUUGGGAGAGGGCUGCUUCUGAAAUAACGUAGACUAUCUAUUCUCAUGCCCCUUGUAGCUGCACGAAUGUUAUGAGGCUAUUUGUGGAGCCUACUUCAAAGACUUGGACAAGAGGUGAAUAUUCCUAGAGAUGACUAUCUUCUGUAUACUCCGGGAUUUACUGGCCUAGUCACGUAACCGUAGAGCGCCUGAGCAUAGAUGACACUCCUUUCCU